AUGGACACUCUGCUUACUGCCGAGAUUGCCGCCAACGCGCCGCGGUAUCGUCGUAGGAGCUCGACUUUCAUCGACGGCAUCCACGAUGUCAGUGAAGACCAGGACAUGGCACCGGCCCAGCUCUACAGCACCAUGUCCGGCCGACUGUUCCAUUCUGGGAGGAUAGCCAUUGUCAUGGUUGGCCCCCCCGCUCGAGGCAAGACAUACCUGCAGUGGCUGGGCGUCAAGACGCGCAUCUUUCACCUGGGCGACUACCGUCGUGCCACAAUCGCCCCCGGUGGAUCGGUUCCGGAUGAUUAUUUCUUCCAAAACGCCUCGGCGUCCUCGGUCAUGUUGAGGCAGAAGAUACUGAAGAAGUGCCGCGAGGACAUCUACGCCUGGUUGAAUCACGAAAACGGCCAGGUCGCGAUAUACGAUGCGGUCAACCCGUCAGCAAGCGGCCGCCGUUCUCUGGCCAAGGAGCUGGCGAAGCAUGACGUCCAGACUCUGUUCAUCGAGUCGUACGUGGACGACGAGCGCAUACUCCGCGAGAAUGCGAGAAAUGUCAAGAUAUCAUCGCCGGACUUUGAGGGCAUGGACCCCGAUGAGGCUGCGAAGCUGUACCUGAAACGGAUCGAGACGCGCAUCCCCAUGUUUGAGACGAUGAACGAACACGAGCUCAACUACAUCAAGAUGAUCAACGCCGGAGCCAAGUUUUUCUACAACAACGUCAGCUUCAACUACCUCUCUCACCGGAUCGUCUUUUACCUCACCAACCUGCACAUCAAGUCACGCACCACCUUCUUUGCUCGUGCUGGCACGGCGGAGGAAGAGGAUUCCUACAAGGCGGAUGCGCCGCUCUCCGAAGAGGGAAAGGUAUAUUCGCAGAGGAUGGCCGAGACGUUGUUGAAGCACCGCGAACAAGAGCAGGCCGAGGCGGUUGGAAAAGGAGGCCUCCACGUGCCCCUCAGGCCGUUGACGGUGUGGACGUCGACCAGGAUGCGCACCGUCCAGACGGCCGACUACCUGAAGGACAAGGGAUUCAAGGUUCGGCAGCGGUCGCAGAUGAGCCAGAUCAACCCUGGCAUCUGCGAAAAGAUGUCCGAACGCGUCAUACGUCAGAUGUAUCCCGAAGAGGUCGAGAAGCAUGAAUUGGACCCGUAUCACCACCGAUACCCCCGCGCAGAAGUAUGUUUGUCCUUUUUGCUCAUGCGUCUCGUCGGCCGUCGGGGCGAGCCAGCUAACCUUGGCAUCGCGCAGUCGUAUCACGACCUUGCUGUUCGCCUCGAGCCCAUCAUUCUCGAGCUCGAACGUGAGCAGAACGACCUCCUCAUCAUCGCCCACGAAUCGGUCCUUCGCGUACUGUACGCGUACCUGAUGCACUGCUCCACCAUGCAGAUACCCUUGCUCAAGUUUCCGCGUGACGAGAUCAUCGAGAUCAUUCCGGCCGCCUACCAGAACGAGGCGAAGCGUAUUCACAUCCCCGGCCUCGACGCCGGAAACCUUCCCAGCUCGCCCGAGGACAACAUGAACCCGGCCCCUCUCGGCAUCGCCACGACAAGCGGACCCGCGAGCCGCGCCGGUAGCCAUCUCGACAGCGGUCAGAUGAGCCCCAUCACCGGCGGCAUGAGCAGCCCUACGGUGCCGGUGGAGAGACCGCCCGAGAAGGUGAUCAAUACGGCCAAGGAUAUGGUCGCGGACAAGGUGAACGACGAGGACUAG